AACCUCCUCUAUAUAUUGCCAGUUGCCUUCAUUCUCGCUUCUCAGUUCUCACGCUCUAAAAACAACAGCCCUUCAUACAUUCACCCACAAUCCCCUGAGACAAGGAGAAAGAGAGGAAAGAAAAAAACAAUGAGGACUGAUCUCAUCCCUCUCUCUCUCACCAUCAUCCUCUCUCUCCUUCUUAUUUCCUCCAUCGCCAAAGCUUCCAUCCUCGAAGAAAUUUGCAGGAGCGUCGCGGCAGCCCGCCCCAACAUCGGCUACGAAUAUUGCGUGACAUCUCUCGGAACAGAUCCAGGAAGCAGCUCUGCAGAUCCCCAUGGUCUCGCGGUCAUCGCGGCGAGAUUGUCCGUGGCCAAUGCUACAAGCACUGAAUCCAGUAUAGAUCAGUUAAUGGUGGUGGAGUCCAAGCCUUCCUUAAAAGACUGCCUCAGUGUUUGCUCGGAAGUGUACUCGGAAGCGAUCGACCACUUGAACGACGCCAUCCGCAACCUGGAAGCCAGGCUUUACGGCGAGGCCGUGACAUUUCUCAGUGCGGCACUCGACGCACCUGAUAACUGUGAGGAUGCAUUCAGGGAUGCCGGAGAUCUGCUGCUGUCGCCGUUGGCGAGGGAGGACGAGGAUUAUAGCAGGCUUGCUGACAUUGCUCUAACCAUCACCGCGUCUCUGGGAUGAAAGAUGGAUCUUCUCUGCUUGCUUGCUUAAUAUGUUAAUUGUCAUUAAUCUUUUGCCUGGGCAUGCACCCACCUGUAACAUGUUCCGCUAUCUAAAUACCCUUUCAUCUGAGUAACAACCGUUACAUCAAAACAAAACAAAACAACAAAAAAAAAAUCUUUUGUUUGGGCA